AUAAGAGAAAGAUAUACCUUUCUUGCACAACCUAUAUGAAUCACACAUAUUAUAUAGGUAUAAUAACCCAAUUAAACUCAUUUUUUUUCUCUUCCAAUUCCAUAUCUCAAAAAAUGAAAAUGCCUUCUUUUCUUGAUUCUUUACCUCCACGUUCAUUCUUCUUUUGUUUCCUCCUUCUUCCACUAUUGCUUUUGCUCUUGCUCUUAGUACCUUCUUCAUCUUCAUCUUCCUCUUCAACUUCCUCUAAUAAUGUAAAUAAAGUAACCAUGUCAAUCUACUAUGAAAGUCUAUGUCCUUUUUGUGCUGAUUUCAUAGUGAAUCAUCUUGUGAAGCUAUUUCAAACAAAUCUAAUUUCCAUUGUGAAUCUUAGAUUGGUCCCUUGGGGAAAUGCUUGGAUUAAACCUGAUGGCACUUUUGAUUGCCAGCAUGGAAACGAUGAAUGCGUUCUAAACACCGUCGAGGCCUGCACCAUUAAAAUAUAUCCUGACGUGGCACAACAUUUCAAAUUUAUACAUUGCUUGGAGCGUCUCACUUUAGAGAAUAGGCAUAAUGAAUGGUUUAAUUGCUUCCAUAUGACUGGCUUGUCCACAUUGCCUAUGGAUUGCUACAAAAGUGGCAAUGGAAAAUCUAUUGACCAAAAGUAUGCUAAGGAAACUGCUCAGCUUAAUCCUGCUCAUAGAUUUGUUCCAUGGGUGGUUGUCAACAACCAAGCACUCCAAGAGGACUACCAAAAUUUUAUGACAUAUAUUUGCAAGGCAUACAAAGGAAGUAUGAAACCAGAUGCUUGUAGAUCACUUUCAACAAGAACUUAUUAUGAUACAAAAAUCAACUCCUUUCAUCCUGUUUGCUAUGUAGAUGAAGCAAAAAAUCUGACCUUACUUACAACUAAUCACCAAAUUAAGGAGUAAAUAAAUCCUUAUGAAAAUGAAGUUGGAAUGCAUUUUUGGUCUGUUUCAUGUUGAUGUAUUAAUAUAACACUCACUUUGUCUUAAGGUUCAAGCUAUUGGCUAAUAUAUAAUAGGUUCAUAUAUGAAUCACUUGCUUUGGAAUUUGGAAGUGCAAAUGAUCAUAAUAGAACUUGUUGAUUUGUUA